AUGGCGCAUUUCAAAGGGCCAACAAGCCCUGCAUCCAGUGCCUCCAGUGAAUGCGAUUCAGAGACUAUAAUUGAUAAUGAUCGUCCAUACGAAUGCAGUUGGAUAGGUUGUAGAAAAGCAUUUUCACGACGCUCAGAUCUCGCCAGACAUAGAAGAAUUCACACUGGUGAACGUCCAUAUAGAUGCGAAUGGAACGGUUGCGGAAAGCAAUUUAUACAGCGUUCAGCUUUAACUGUUCAUUAUCGCACACAUACAGGUGAGCGUCCACAUAUUUGUGAAUAUCUCAACUGUAAUAAAUCAUUUAGCGACUCUUCGUCAUUGGCGCGUCAUCGUAGAACUCAUACAGGAAAAAGGCCUUAUGUAUGUCCGCAUUCCGGAUGUGGCAAGACAUUUACCCGUCGAACCACUCUCACAAGACAUCAAAGAUCUCAUGAUCCUCAUUGGAAAGAAUAUAACACUGCUUUCGAACCACGCAAAAAAACCUCAUGUAACAAUUGUCCAACACCUAUCAAUAUUUAUAAUGGACCUCCAAGUCCUAAAAGUCCUUUAACAUCAAUUAAUUGUUUUAAAACAAUACCUGUUGAAUAUCAUUUUCAACAAGCAAGUUAUCCUUCCAAUACAAUGUGCAAUAAUCAAAUUCUACCAGCAAUUAGCUGCAUUUAUCUUCCCCCACCUAUGGAUGGUUCUCCUUUGACAUCAAGCAGUCGUAUUACUGCAUUCAAACCGGUCGUCAAAGAAGUUAAUGAUCCCUUUAAACAUGGUUACCCUUCACCUCCUCUUCAACGUGAAUUAUAUUAUUCUACUCGUAAUAUUUAA